GACCGCCUAUCUUGGUAUACCGGUAUCUGUACUCUGCCUGUGGCGCUCUUGUGAUAAGAUAUUUCUUGAGAAAAUAUUUCUCACAUUCGCACAAACAAUUACGCUGAAAUAUGGCUGUUCACAUGCUGAAGAGGGUUAGCCAUCAAACCCUCCGACUGAAAAGACCACUUUUUGCUAGAUUUAGUUCCAGUCUUCUUAUCGAAGAUCCAAAAUAUGGCUGGUUGAAAGAGUUGGGGCUAGGAGCGGACAAUGACGGGGCUUUCACUGGAGAUCGAUGGGCUGGACGUGGCGAGGUUGUGGACUCCAUCUGCCCUGCCAAUGGACAAGCCAUAGCAAGAGUCAGACAGGCAUCAAUGGAAGACUACGAAACAGCUAUUCAGAUGUCACAAGAAGCCUUCAAAAUAUGGUCUGAUAUACCAGCUCCCAAUCGAGGUGAGGUCGUGAGGCAGAUUGGGGAAGCACUGAGGGAAAAGAAACAAUUCUUGGGAAAUUUGAUAACUUUGGAGGUUGGAAAGAUUGCAUCAGAGGGAUUGGGUGAAGUGCAGGAAUUCAUUGACAUGCUGGACUUCUCUACAGGGCUGUCCAGGACGUUUGCAGGACAAGUCAUCCCAUCAGAAAGGCCUGGCCAUGCACUGCUUGAGCAGUGGAACCCCAUAGGGCCUGUCGGUAUCAUCACAGCCUUCAACUUCCCCAAUGCUGUGUUUGGUUGGAAUGCAUCCCUCGCCUUGGUCUGUGGAAACUCCAUCAUGUGGAAAGGAGCCCCAACUACUCCACUUGUAAACAUUGCUACAACAAAGAUUGUUCAGUCGGUGAUGGAUGCCAACCAUAUGCCCCCAGGUCUUGUCACACUGCUCUGUGGAGGUGGAGAUAUCGGUGAAGCAAUGGCCAAGGAUACCAGAGUUCCACUCGUUUCAUUCACUGGAAGCACACCGGUUGGACAAAAAGUUGGAACCACGGUACAAGAUAGAUUUGGAAAGUCUCUUCUUGAACUCGGGGGAAACAAUGCAAUCAUUGUGUUGAAUGAUGCUGAUCUGGAUAUGGUGGUUCCUGCUGUUCUCUUCGCCAGUGUGGGUACGACCGGACAGAGGUGUACAACGACAAGGAGACUGAUACUCCAUGAAAGUGUCCAUGAUGAAGUUGUCAACAGACUGAAGAAAGCCUACGGUACAAUAAGGAUAGGAGACCCGCUGGACGACAACACACUGUACGGUCCCAUGCAUUCUGAACAGGGUGUGGAAGUCUUCAAGAGUGCCGUAGCAGCUGCCGUAUCACAGGGUGGAAAGGUGGAGGUUGGAGGAAAGACGAUAGAUAGACCAGGAUACUAUGUGGAACCAACGAUUGUGACUGGACUAGCCCAUGAUGCAGAAAUCAUCCUCAGAGAAUCGUUUGCACCGGUUCUGUUUAUCCUAAAGACCAAGAGCUUUGAGGAAGCCGUGUCUUGGAACAACGAGGUCAAGCAAGGUCUCUCCAGCAGCUUGUUCACAAAGGACUUGGGAAGGAUCUUCCACUGGCUUGGACCAAAAGGCUCAGAUUGCGGUAUUGUGAAUGUCAACAUUCCAACCAGUGGAGCUGAAAUAGGCGGAGCUUUCGGUGGUGAGAAGCACACAGGUGGAGGUAGGGAGUCUGGCAGUGACGCAUGGAAGCAGUACAUGAGGAGGUCCACUUGCACUGUGAACUACAGCAAGGACCUGCCACUGGCUCAGGGUGUCAAGUUUGAAUAGCCGACUUAUAUAGAUGCUGCAAUCAAUCAUGUCACAAUCCAUCCAUCCAGCCUCUCUCACGUAUAUGAUACUUCCUACACCCCCCGAGUACAUGCUGCCGAUUUCAUUCGUAGCUCGGGUGAUAAAAGGCGAUGGCCAAAAUACAUCAAUCUAGCAUAUUGCUGUUGCUAAGAUUUUGCUUGUAUCUGAGCCAUGUCCUUUUGAGAGGCAACAGGAGGAAAUAAUUUUCAAUCAUAGAGAGAAAACCACAAUCUUUUGAUCUGAAAUUUUGCAAAUACUUUCAUAAACCCAUCUUGCCAGUUCUACAGGUAAAGUUUGAGAUAAGUUUUUGAGAGCUUGCAAAUCCCUGAUAGGGGCUUUCAAUACAGAUUUAGAUGUAUAUCCUCUUGACAGUUGAUAUUAAAGUAUAUAUUUUGCAGCUGGAUAUUAUGUGUAUGCAUGAUCAUCAAAUAUUGACUCUGAAAUCCUGCUUUAAAUAAUGUGUGGUGCCGCGUUCUUUUUUUUGUUGUCCAUGUUUUGGAAAACUCUGUAAAAUUUCAAAACAAACUUUACCAACCCGGGGAUGAAUAAACAAAAAUAAUGAAAUAGAAAUUUAAAAAAUCGUUAAAAGAAAUGCAAAAAAAGAGAAAAAUAAUGUAGCCUUGGUUACAAAUGCCAUCUUGCUACGAACGAUUUUCAGACAAUGGAAAUUUGGGAUGACAAUGGAAAAACGGAGAUUCAUACAAAAUUAUUGUAGAAUUAUUGUACGAACUUUUGUGACCGUAGCAUUACAUAGAAUACAUCAUGUAUGGCAUAAUGAAUUCUCCUUUUUCAUGUGUCGUUUAUUUAUUUCAAGCAAGAAUUGCCCAUAAUUCUAUUCCGAUCAUUACAUGAAGCUAACAGCUGUAUGUGUCUCUGUGAUGCAAUCUUGCAUUCAAAAGCUUAAAUCUGAAAUCGAUGUUGAUAUCAUUGAAUGUAAUUGAAAUCAUGAAAAACACAAGAUUGCAAUAGUAGAAAUCAUGUGCUCAUUAAUUUUCUUUCUUUUUCAUGAGUGUAGUUAAUGAAUGUCAUUGCUUGUUUUCUUAACCAUGAAUUUGAAAUUUCCUUCAAAAGAAAUCUUUAUAUUUCACUAAAUGUAUUGCAUAUAUGUUAAUCAGUUUAAAUAUGGUUAAUUUAAAAAAAAAACUAUUGUGAAGACAUUUAAUGUCAAGAUUGAUGAAGAAGGUGAAUUCUGGGCUGCAUGCAUUCAUAUCUGCAAAAUUAGUAACUUUUUGAGAAAAAAAAAGAAUUGCUUGCAAACAAUAUGAAUACAAAUCAUGUGUAACGAUGAGGGUUAAAAGUUCCUCAUAUUUUUUUUUCUUCCAGAGAUAACGAUCUUCUGUCUCUCAGCAUAUGAUAUCAUAUUCAAUUUAAGAACAUCGCUGCUUUGAGCUCUAACACAAAUUAGCAUUACAAUCAGACUCUUUAUAGAUACUAUUAGAGGCUGAAUAAAUCUGAUGCAUGUGUGCCAACUUGCUAUGUAUUCAUUUUUCAGCAAUGACCCUAUUUUGAAUGAAUUUUUAUUUUUGUUUUCAUUUUAUUUGGCUGAAUUUUUUCUUGUUUUGGGGGUUCUUUUGCUUUUGGUGAUACAAUCUGUUUGACAAUCUGGUGUUUUGUGUGAAUAAAACUUUAUUUUACCAAAGCUA